UCGCUGCCUCACUGGAGCUGACAAUCUCGUGAAUGUCGUGAUUGAAUUGGACAUUGCAGUAGGCUUCUCUCGGAAAUUGUGGGGUGCCAGCCGCUUUAAUGAGAGCCCGCCGUCAUGCUUGGUGCCAAAGAAUUGUGGAACAAUAGUCCCUUGGGAUGUUUGACUUCGGUCAAAGUCGAUACAGCGAGAUUGGAAGGAAGGGUGUCCUAUCGUUGCUUCAUAAGGCGCAUCAAUACGAGCAUUGCUUCCGUGUUGUUCACCGGAAGACUUGCAGCUGCCAUUCAGCUGUGGCUUGGACCCCGACGUAUCACGUCGCUGCAAUCGAUGACGUAGCUUUAACAGACUGUGCAUUUGGAUAUAAUCUAGUCUCUUUCGCAUUGCAGCUGAAUCACGAUGAUUUUACGAGAAGAGAUUGCUUCGAUUGCCUCUCGGGAGGUGUACACCAACUAGCUCGCGAUUUAACCGGACGUCGCGCCACAGCACUAUUUGAAGUCCAUUUGUUAUGAUCUUAGCACUACCACAAUCUUUUGAACUCGGACCACUCACGCAACAUAGAGUUUCUCUGCAUUUAUCACACCAUGCAUAUCUUUUCAUGCCCGAAUCCUGGAUACCCUGAAAAGAUCCAUCUCAUCGACAGUCUUUGGCCGAGUAGAAGACAGAAAGUCGACACGUUCAACGAGAAUACAUACGCCGCAUACUUCCAAUUCUUGCUACAUUCGCUCAGCACAUUGGAAAGCUAUAGUAAUGACUUUGCGGUCCAGGAUAUCAAAGGGAUCCACCUCAUCAUCCGCAGACUAUCCAGAAAUCCUAGGAUGACACGGAACGAUGUGAAAAAGUCGAUUAGGAGAGAUUUUCUCAACACCGAAAAUAAGAAAAUUCAUCGCUCUAUCGAGUUCGCUGUCAGCCUUUGGCUAGGUUUGAAACUCUCGUCACACUUAUUACACACCGGCCCAGCCGUCGCAGGCGAUACGACCAUCGAGUGGCCGCCCAACCAGGAUUUGCAGACCACGGUGGAUGCAGAGUUUGAUCGACUGAUUAGCAAAACAGUCUAUACAGAAUUUGUGUUAGAUCAUUCACUGACAUAUGAGCGCUUGUUAAAGUACCGUCAAGUCAGAAUCAUCUGGACCAACAAUCUGAUCGACCAUCUAAAGCUCGAAGGACACAGAGGUCAGCGCGCUCUCUGGAUCUACCAGCAUAGAGUUUGUUUGGAGAAUCAUCUGCGCUGCUCAAAGGGCGAACCCAGGCACAUCAUCAGACAAGAGGCCCUCCUGGAAGCCAUUCGGACAUUAGACUUACUUUUUCCAUUCGGCGAUCCCCAAACAGCACGAUUCCUGGCCAAAGAAGGCCGUCAAAAUCUCUACGUUCCUCCUUGUCGAGACACGGCACACCUCCAAUCAUUAUCCCACUUCAAGUACUGGAACGGUCGCCUUGCCCAACUCCUGAACUUGUAUCAAGGUCCACCAGAAUCGAAAUGGCAGUAUUUCCGGGAUCACAGAAAUUUCGGACAGUGGGCAUCGCUAUGGUUGGCAAUAUUUCUAGUUGCUUUCAUCACGAUAGUCUUUGGGGUCUUGAGCAGCUAUUUCGCCGCGAAGUCUGCCAAGUUGUCCGAGCAGGCGAACUGGAUUGCCAUCGCCGCGAGCUGUGUUGAGAAUCCAGACAACAAAAUAUUCAAAUGCGACAAGCUUAGCUUGAGCAAUUAG